UCAUCUAACAGCACUAAUUUUCGGGGAUUUUGUUAGGACAGCUCAUAUAUGCAUACCUAUCUAUUUAGAUACAUCUCAGUGAAGGAUAAAGUGGAAGUCAGGCUAAACUAAGUUUUCGGUUUGUCAGUUCUUCAUUGGCGCCUUUUUUAGUUCUUGGGCUAAAUUAAGCCAUGAGUUAUGGUCCUGAGGAAUGCAUCAAAGUGAUUGUCGUGGGGAAUUGUGGUGUUGGAAAAACGUCUCUUCUACACCGCUUUGUCCGUUGUAACUUCAUCGAUCGGUAUACCAAGACAAUUGGGGCUGAGUUUCUUGUGAAGGAUGUCCUUUGUGGCGAAUUUAAAAUUCCAAUAAAACUCAUGCUAUGGGACACGGCUGGGCAGGAGAUGUCAAAUGCCCUCACUCAGGCCUAUUACUGUGGAGCUGGCGCUGCUAUCCUUUCAUUCAGCACAGUGGAUCAUGAUAGUUUCACCGAUGUGGCGAAAUGGAAGCAAAAGGUGGAGUUUGUGUGUGGGCCAAUUGUGAUGGUGCUUUGCCAAACCAAAUGUGAUCUCUUCCAUGAAUCUUCAGUUACCGAUAGCGAAGCAAUGGGGUUGGCUGAGGAGUUUCAGCUUCCGUUGUUUCGUGUUUCCAGCAAGGAUAACUUCAAUGUUUAUCAAUUAUUUGAGUUCAUCACUCAGCAGUACCUUAGAUCUGAGGAAUUUGGGGAGUCUGAAGGACCCUCAAAUCAACUGAAAGCUUUAGAUAUAAGAAAAAGAGGAGUCGUGAGUCUCUUUAAGGAAAGCGAAGACAAAGUCAGACUAUCUUCUGGGUAUCCGGCUGAUUCAGCGCUGGUCGUGGGAAAAGUGACGACUAAUGCCGCAAUUGCCACAGAUGAAUGUGCUGCUUCUGUAUCUACAGCCGUCUUUUCGAGUGUUAAAACCCCAACCCCACAAAAAAUAAAUAAAUCCCAAACAAAAAAUCCGGAAAAGAUCAAACCAGUAUCAUCUUCAGUACGUAAGAAAAAUCGGAAGAGCAAAUGUACACUUGUUUAA